AUGUCAAUGAUUCCAUCCUCGAACCCUCGCAAACGCCAGUCUCGAGAUUGGGAGGCUCUGCAAACACCGCGGUCAAGUCAGAACGCAUGCAAGAGGCAAAGGUCCACCACAAGUGACGAUUCACCAUCACAGUCACGCUCACGAUCACGGUCACCAUCUGCAUUCUGGAACAAUUUGAGUGUCAUUCAUCUCACAAGAGGUGCCUUGGAAGAGCUCGACCGCAGGAACAGCACAGGGAGAACUCUCACCUGCCCUGACGCGUGCAGUCAGGCAGUUACUCCUGUGGCAGACUAUCUGGGAUACUGCACUGUGCGCACCUUAAAUAACCUGCAACGCUUUGCACGAAGAGGAGGACCGGAUAUGUCGGAUGCACAGGGAUAUCGAAUUCCUGGAGACAGACCUCAACGAGCGGCCAGCUCUCGACGGUCGGCAUCACGCACUUCCAGACAGAACCCCACCCCAACACCCAGUGAACAAGCGUCGACAGAGACUGCCAACACGAAGAGCAGUGGACCUUACAACAGGAAUUUUCAACAGAACCUUGUCGACCAUGGUGUCUUCCCUGCCAACUACAAAUAUCCCGACGGCCGGAUUCCGCCUCUGCCACGUAACUGGAGCGAGAUUAAUGAGAGACUGGUAGUGCCACGGCGUUCCCUCUCGCCGUCUCGCGUAUCAGGGGAAGACUUCCAGAAAUUCCAAACAGCGGAUGGCGACGCUUUCAAAGAGAAGCAAGUGUCAGAAUCAGUCAUUUCCAUCAUUGAUGGCCAAGACAGGAAUGGUCAGUGCAAGUCUGGAGGGGUCGCGUUUCGCAACCUCGAGCCUUUGACCGACGGCACUAUCAAGCCUGGAAAUCCUGACAUCUACGAAGGCGCUAGACCGGAACAAAUUGAUCGACGAGUUCGAGACGAGCUCAGAGGGAUGAUCAUACCCACAACACAAGAAGAGCUACCUGUAUGCCCCAACUUCUUUGUGGCUGCGAAAGGCCCUGAUGGGUCAUUGGCAGUGGCGAUGCGUCAGGCUUGCUAUGAUGGCGCGUUGGGUGCUCGCGGCAUGCACAGUCUGCAAACUUAUGGAUCAAUCCAGUCUGUGCCUGACAACUCGGCUCACACAGUCACGGCCAUUUAUCACGGCGGAACACUGAAAAUAUAUACAGUCUCACGGGCCGAGGCAGUUCAUCCACGAGGUCAUCCCGAGUAUUACAUGCAUCAGCUCAAUACUUGGGGCAUGACCGGCAAUCUCGAGACAUUCCGACAAGGGGUCACGGCUUUUCGCAAUGCUCGAGACUGGGCAGAGCAACAAAGAAAUGAAGCGAUUGCUCACGCCAACAACAUUGUACACACAGAUGCGGGUCUGGACAUUGAGGACACGAGUCUUAGCCCGGAAAGCGUCCGCUACACAACACCCCCGACAGAGCGAACCUUAGACACUAGCUUGGCGCAUGAGUCGUCCGUAGCUGGACUCGAGACAACCAAGAGGAAUCGUACAGACACACAAGGCUCCAGUCCAACACAGCAACAGAAAAAGCGCAGUCGUGUCAAUAAUUGA